CCGGGCGGGCCGGAAGCGCCGGUGCGUGGGGCCGCUCUGCGCCGGGUCCGCCGCGGCUCGGUGGUGAGCUUCCCGCAUGCGGAAGAGCGGCCCUGAGGCGGCGGCGGGAGCAGCCAGGGGAAAGAAGAUGACCAGCAUCCUGCCUUCAGUAGGGGAUGGAUAUUGCUAUUACAUCCUGACAGAUGACUGUACCUACGGCAGCAAGUACUUUCAAGCUGGGAACAUGUGCUUCUGCAGUGAGAGAAGUUACCUGCGCAACUUCCCCGAUGACAGACCCCCGGCUUGUUUCCUCAAAGUUGUCAUGCUGGAUGACAGCUCCACCGUCACAAUAAAUGUAGAAAUCCUUGAACCUGUGCGUGAGGAGACGGCCGUCUUCCUCCUGGCCAUCAGCAGCCACAACGAACGAUUGAACUACUUCCUGGAGAGGCUGAGCCUUGAAGCAGCUCUGAAGGCUACGCUGGGCCAAAAAGUGACGGUGGAGGUCGACCGGCAACAAUUCCCUGGUGUCAUCCGCUACAUUGGGAGCAUUCACAAAAAUACUUCGUCUGUGCUUUCUCCGUUCUUCUUUGGGGUGGAGUUACAGGGUGAAGGCGAAAGCAGAGGGCGCAGUGAUGGAUCUUACCAUGGCACUGAGUAUUUCAAGUGCAAGCGGAACUGUGGGGUCUUCCUGCCAUUUAACAGAGUCCAGUUUACUCCCGUGCCUGACAACGACUAUGCAAAACAGAAGCCAAAGCCGGACGCGGAGGAGGUGGUUCCUGUGAAAGUGGGAGAUGCAGUUAGUUUCUACGUGGAUGAGGUCCUCACAAAGGGAAUAGCGAUGGCGGUUUACAGGGAGGGAAGCCAGUGGUUCGUUAAAGUUUGUCCGGAAGAAGAAGGAACAACUGACAUUUUCAGAGAAAUCCCUAUGGACUCUGUUGUGAAGGAAAGCUUGCUCUCUCAAAGUUUAUUUUUACCGUAUGAGCCUGACAUGGGCUUGGGACAUCCAAAACAGAUGAAACGAGAGAUAAGCGAGAGUGGCGAGGACUGUGAAAGUGGGAAUGCAUCCCUGGAGGUGAACUCCAUGGUCCAAAUCACCUUGGACAAGGGAAAUCAGGUUUCAGGAAUCAUCCGCUGGUUGGGGUACCUGCCCCAAAUUAAGCACAAAAUGGCAGGAGUUGAACUGGAUGAAGACAAGGGGGUCACAGCUGGUGAAUGGCUGGGCAAAUACUAUUUCCGCUGUGCUCCAAAGCGGGGCCUCUUUGUGAAGCUGCAGUCGUGCCAGCCAGAUGUUCGCUUCCAGUGUUCGCGCAACAGUGACCUGAAUCUUAUGGAUUAUAGAGAGCAGGAAGUUCUUCCACAGGUUCUGGUCAAUUUUCCCCCCCUCAGGAACGAGGAGGCAGUGCGCGUCCUGUGUGGGCGGAUGAAGGGGAUUCAAGGCCACUGUAAUUCCUGCUAUAUGGAUGCAGCUCUCUUCAGCCUCUUCUCCUGUACGUCCGUGCUGGACUCCAUGCUCUUCAAGCCCUUCCCCCUGUGUGACAGGAAUGUCCAAAACAUUCUGCGGGAUGAGAUUGUUAAUCCCCUCCGGAAGACUGGCUUCGUCAUGGCCAGGAGUGUGAUGCACCUUAGGGAGCAGCUAACUGAGAAGGGCCAAUGUUCGAGCUUUACCACUGCUGAGAAAGAUCCUGAGGAGUUCCUCAAUCUGAUAAUGCAUCAGAUCCUGGGAAUAGAGCCACUCUUGAAACUGCAGUCCGGAGGCCAGGAGGAGCAGGACUGUUACUGUUACCAGAUAUUUAUGGACAAACAGGAGGAUCUGGUGGUUCCUGAUGUGCAGCAGUUAGUAGAACACUCCUUCCUGUCCUCCGAUCUGAAGCUAGUGGAGAUCCCGUCUUGCUUCAUUAUCCAAAUGCCACGUUUUGGGAAGGAAUAUAAAAUGUUCAGCAAAAUCAUUCCUUCUUUAGAGCUGGAUAUAACUGAUCUGCUGCUUGACAGUCCCAGGGAGUGCUGCCUGUGUGGCGAUGUUGCGACCCUGGAGUGUUCAGAGUGUUUCAAAGACAAGAUAUUCGCAGCUACGGGCCUGAAGCAGUUCUGCAGCCCCUGCUCCAGACAGGUUCACUCCCAUUACCGGCGCAAAGCGCACAAGCCGACCAGGCUGCAUGUCCCCGAAGAGUUUCACAGCAGGAACCCCCGGGGCAGCCAGCAGGUCCCCCGCGAGAAGAUGGAGCUCUUUGCAGUGCUCUGUAUCGAGACCAGCCAUUACGUCUCCUUUGUGAAAUACGGCCCCGAGAACGAACACUGGAUGUUCUUUGACAGCAUGGCCGACAGGCACGGAGAUGAAAAUGGCUUCAACAUUCCCACCGUAACGCUGUGCCCUGAAGUUGCCAAAUACCUGGACUUGCCAGUGGCUGCGCUGGCUCUGGAGCAACCCCGGGACAUGGAUGGAGUGGCCAAACGCCUCUUCUGCGACGCCUACAUGUAUAUGUACCAGAGCAAGAAGAUGGCGCUUUACAAGUGACAUUGCCUUGGGCUGGUGCUGCCAUGCGAAGCAGUGAGGUUUCAGAAACGUGAGCUUGGAUCAAACCUGCAGUUGUUAAUCAACGAAAGCAGCCAGAGUGCGGGUACACUGACCUUGCACUUCUGCCUCUUCCAGCACCUCAUACCAAGCUGUCUACGUGAGCCUAUCAGGGUUUGAAAUCCUGUACCUGGCCUGACCAAGUGACAGUUUGUACUUCUGCAGACCUGAACUCUGAAUUACUUAAACACAUUCGCCUUUCCCGCCUUCCUUUCCCAUCCUCCUCCUUUCCCAGGUACGCUGCAGCUCUGUCCUCGGUGUGAGCUGCACCUACGUUGUUAAAAGAGACAUAUCAGAAAGAGGGUUUUCCUUGAGGUCUGGGAUAUGACCCCCACAGGGUGGGGACCUUUCUUCAACUGUCAUGGUCCCUGAAUUGUCAUCACUUCCCUUAUUCAGCACUAAUCUUUCUGGCACUUCUAGCCAUUAUUCCUUAUUUUCAAGCUUAAUUGGAUGCUUUGAGCUGGAAAUAUGCUUUAAAAAUGCAUAUUUUUGUAAGAACAAAAUUGGAAAACAGAUGGGGCAGAGGAACAGCAUGUGAACAUGAAGUCCCAGUAGGCUGCUAUCUUUUUCUGAAUUCUACAGCAUCGCUACAGGAUGAGGUUUCUACCUCAUUUUAGCACUUACUGUCCUAUCUCCACAUUGAUUUCUGAGAUCCAUGCUGAAGAGCAGUAACACACUUCCCAGGGGAAAAAAAUAUAAAAAUGAACCCAGCUGAGUUUUUCUGCCAUAACUGCAGUAAGGGUUAGGGUCUCUCUGGGGAGACAAGUAUUCUAUUAAAUAAUUUACAUUUGAAAAUUGGGGGUUAUCUACCAUUAAGCACAUGCUCUCAGUGGCCACAGGAAGCUGUUAAGGGAGUCUGCUAAGACUAGGGCUGCUCAGCUUUAAGACUGACGGUGCACCAAAAACCUGAGGGGGUACAUCCACAUAGCACAUGCAGCUGUAAUCGCCUUUCUUCUCUUUUUUCCCUCUUUAUGAUUCCUGCAGCCUGUAGCUUCGCAUCGGUCAGAAGGACCUGUGAGCUUAGGACACGCAGCGAUGCACAUGGGAUUAGGGCCAUUUUAGCUGGCAGCAGGGUUAGAAGGCUAAUGGGGACCAUGACAGCUUUAUCAGCUGUCCCAUAAAUCCUUUAUUUCUGUAUGCGGUUUCUGCAGACGGUGGCUGGCAUAUAACAAACCUGGAUGGUUGGUGCACAGACCUCAAAGCUGCUGGAGCGCUCAGAGAUUUCUCUGGUGGCUUUGUGUCUCCAGGCCACACGGUUUGGCGCUCACCCUUUUUGGCAUGUGCCUCACUGGGUGCUUCCCCUUCCAACAACCCCGCUUGUCGCAGGUCUAAAUCUGUGUGUUAGCUCCUGCGUGUGUACCAGCCCUACAAGCUGGGUGUUUCAGUCUUCUUAAUGCUGAAAGCUUUGGAUGACUGUUGGUUGUUGGAGGGCCACAACAGACAGUGCACAACCAUGGCGGAGGCUGCGUCCCUACUCUGAAGCUCCGAUACACCUGGCAGGCCUGAUGCCAAAGUGACGGUGUUUGAAGACUUUGUUUUGCCGUCUGUGGGUGGCAGAUCUAGCAGAGGGCAAUCCUGCGGAUGGGUUUAUCCAUGCUGUCUCUCGUGACCUGACUUACCAAGCGCCUCUGGCUAAUUCCCUUUGCGCUCGUCUGUGCCCGUGGAGCAAGGGUGACUGGUUUGAUGCUGCUGGUGCCUCUGACCAUCUUGUCCUUGUCUGUCGAAUGCUGCUCUUCAUUCAGUAGCUUGUAAGAACUCAGGACAUCACUACUCAGGAAUGCUGUGGGCUAGGAUUGCCUACCUCUGGCACUUUAGCUCUAAAAUUUUUAAGUUAAAAUGAAAACUAGCUUCCUAUUAGGUGGACAGACCCACCCCCCCCCCCAAGGUACUAAAUGUGAUACAGUGCCUUAGACAUGACAGUUCCAGCUAUAGCACUGCAACAGUGAUUUUUUUUUAAGGUUUUUUUUUUUUUUUUCCUUCCUAAAAACAGAUCAUCAGGCAGUGCUUUGCUAAGCUCUUAAUUUCUAGUUAGGGUUUGUUUUUUGUUUUGUUUUUUUUUCCUCUCCCUUUGCCAUCAACAUAUGCUGCAAAGAUGUAAACAAAAAUACCUCUUACCAAGACUGUGCUGGGGAGGUGCAAAUCCAGCCACCUUUCUUUGCAUUCACUGGAGCCAGGAGUGCGGCUGUUAAGGCUGAACACCAGUGGGAAAAUCCAGGCUCCUGCCAUUGGGUCCGGUGUCUGGACUAGCCCAGUGUUGAAGCUGGGGCUCUACUGCGAGGACUAGUGGGCGAAUCUCCCUGGCGAGUGCUGUAUUGGCUUCCCUCACUGCACGUUUUACAGUGUGUGGCACGAUUUGGUUCUCUUCGGCUGUGCAUUUUACAAGUUUUGGGGAAAAGAUUUGGCAUCUUUCUCUUACAAAUCCAGGCAGAAUUAGUGAAAACAUGCUCAUUUCAGAAGGGUGGGUGGUUUUUUUUUUUGGGGGGGGGGGGGGUGUUUCCCAUUCCAUGUAACAAAUUUUGUUGAUUCCACUGUGAUAAAGUCUUUGAACAGUCA